AUGGGUACCAUCGCUAAAAAUUAUAUCCUAUCUCCCUGGGAAGGUGUUGGAGAGGAUCUUCUCCUUAUUUAUUCAGGUGUAGAGGCAUCAUGCAGCAACUCAUCAGAUGUUCUUGACGUAACCGCCACGUCUGCUGCAAGGAGAAUUUUUUUCCCAAUAACGAACGCACCGUCUUCCACGUACGACAUUUGUUAUGACUGGAGGAUCACGGGACAGCCAGGGGAGAUGAUGGAGCUCUAUCUAGUGAGAACCAUUCAAUAUGACCAGCCGUGUACCGUGGGAAAGUCCUGUCUCCUCAUUUAUGACGGAUAUAAUUUCUCAGCAAUGUUUGGCUUCCGGAAGAUGAGGGAGGAGGACGGAAAUGUAACGGAGGCCCUGCGCUUGGCAUAUCCGAUCCACCAGCAUGUGUUCAUCCGGUUUUACACGUAUGAAAAUAGCGGCUUCGUCAUUCAACACAGAUCCAGAAAUGAUAUAGAUGACUAUGGGUUUGCGAGCAACCAGAAGAAGACAAUAGGGAUCGCCCUGGCGGCUAGUGGGAGCGCCUUGGUUAUCAUCAUUAUCGCCAUCUUUGCGGUCCUGUCCUGUAGCAGGGACAAGGGCAAGGAGACGGACAGCCAAAGUGGACUGGUCAACGGGACCACGGGAGAUCCAAAUAGGAGAAUAGGCCUGUUCUAUAGAACAAACAGGAAACAAAACAUGUCAACACUUUGA